GGCCGCGUAAGUGGCGGCGAGAGGCGGGGACGGGACCGGCACCGGGACCGGCACCGGGAGCGGGGCUGAACGGGACAGCGGCCGCGGCUUCUCCCGCUCGGCGCUCGGGGACGAUGCUGCGGUGGGGGCUGAGGGUUGUGAGCCGCGGUCUCUCCGCCCCGGGAAGCGCGGUGUGCGGCGGGCCCUGGUCUCGGCUGCGGAGCGUUGUCACAAUGGCAGAGGAUCUGGGAGCAGCAGCUGCCAGCCAGACGAAGACGGUGAACAGCAGCAGUGAGGUGGUUGAGAGGCUGGAGGAAAACGGGCACCAAAGUAAAAGGCUGAAGAGAGAUGUAGAUGAGGAGGAUGCAGAGGAUCAGAAUAAAAAGUCACCCAAAAGGAAGAUCGUGUUACUGAUGGCAUAUUCGGGCAAAGGGUACCAUGGGAUGCAAAGAAACUUGGGAUCUUCACAGUUCAAGACGAUUGAAGAUGACUUAGUAUCUGCCCUUGUUCAGUCAGGCUGCAUCCCAGAAAACCAUGGGGAAGAUAUGAAGAAAAUGUCUUUUCAGCGGUGUGCUCGCACAGAUAAGGGUGUGUCUGCAGCUGGACAGAUUGUGUCACUAAAGGUCAGGCUAAUAGAUGACAUCUUAGAAAAGAUCAAUAACCAUCUUCCUUCUCACAUCAGAAUUCUGGGUCUGAAGAGAGUCACUGGGGGAUUCAACUCCAAGAACAAGUGUGAUGCCAGAACAUACUCUUACAUGCUGCCAACAUUUGCCUUUGCCCAUAAAGACCAUGAGGUGCAAGAAGAGGUUUUUCGACUGGACAAAGAGACCCUCAUGAAAGUGAAUAAACUGCUUGCUUGCUAUAAAGGAACACACAACUUCCAUAACUUCACAUCUCAGAAGGGACCCAAGGACCCCAGUGCCAAGAGGUACAUCAUGGAGAUGUACUGUGGAGAGCCAUUUGUGAGGGAAAACAUCGAAUUUGCAGUGAUCAAAGUGAAAGGGCAGAGUUUCAUGAUGCACCAGAUAAGGAAGAUGAUUGGGCUGGUGAUAGCUGUUGUGAAAGGUUAUGCUCCUGAGUCCAUCAUAGAGCGUAGCUGGGGAGAGGAGAAAGUAGAUGUCCCCAAAGCUCCAGGACUUGGGCUGGUCUUGGAAAGAGUACACUUUGAAAAAUACAACAGACGUUUUGGAAAUGAUGGACUGCAUGAGCCACUGGAGUGGACAGAGGAGGAGGAGAAGAUUGCUGUUUUUAAAGAGCAGUAUAUCUAUCCCACCAUUAUCAACACAGAAAGGGAGGAGAAAUCCAUGGUGAACUGGCUGAGCACCCUCCCCAUUCAUGACUUCAACUCCUCUGCUGUUGAGAGUCAAGCCAACAACAAAAACUCAAAGAACAGCAGUGAUGUUGAAGGCAGUGAUGAUGAUGAUGAUUCUGACUGAGCCUCAAAGUGUCUGGACACGAGACCCAUGCUGCUCGCCAUUCCCUUUGCCUAAAAAAAAGUGGCCUUUUAAAAUCCAAGAAUCCAGUAAAGGAGGGGUUUGUGUGCUUGCAGAACAAGAACUGGAUGGCCAGGAGAAACUGGGUGGGAAAAACAGUGCAGUAGAAAAAGAGGCUUUUUAUACCACUGCCUGAUUCACCUGACUGGUAUACUUGAAAAAUAAUGUAAGAAAGCAGCUUUCUAAAAGAAUCUUGUAAUGCAGGAGGUCUUAAUAGCUAUUUGCAUAACGUUUUUAUUAUACGUUUACCUGGAAAAUAGUAUUUUAAAUAUGUAAAACCUC